GGGACGGCAUCUUUCAAAUCGCCACGGCAACGUUCAUCACGAGAUAAGAAGAAUCGCGGGAAGGAAAAUCGAGACGAGGGAGCGAGGGGCACCUAGCCCUUUGGCGAGCUCGAAGGAUGCAGCUCCCAGGCGGGAGCACUAGAAUUCCGCCCGCGAGAGCACCGGCCUCAGUUCUCGUGAUUAUAAACGGAAGCAACAUCGUAUCGAAGACUGUGACGAAGAAACGUAACGGAAAGUGUAGCAACAGUAGCGAAAACGGCGGACCCGGUACGAGCAGCGAUAGAUACAUAAAAAGGAAUAACGAUAGGAAUAACGAUCCAGAGAACGUGCCGCGUCUCCUGAUAAGAAAUCGCCAUCCCGAGACGAGGACGAGCCGCCGACAAGCCCGAGUCACCGAGAAGCCCCAGCUGUUGGCGUCAGCCCCAAGGCGGAAGGAUCGGGGCGAGGAAUAGUAAAAAGAAAGUAGAGAAAAAUCGAGGAACGACGGAAGAAGAGGAAGAGGAGGCAGGAGAGAAGGAGAAAAAGGUGAAGAG